CGGACCGGCUGGCAGCAGGCAGACGCUCCCCCCGGGGACAGAGCUCCGGCCGCCGCUCAGCCCCGUGGCGGUGACAGCGCUGACAGCCGCUCCUCCACGUCUCGACUUCACACACGCGUCCGUUUUAGAGCAAGAUGGCUGAUGCAGAGCUGGUGAAGAAGAUGCUGCGGGCCGUCCUCCAGGCCAACAAAGGAGGCGUCUCCCUGUCACGCCUGCAGUCCGAGUACAAGGAGCUGACAGGGGAGCAGAUUCCACAUAAGCAGAUGGGGCACAACCACUUGGAUGGUCUGCUGGCCAGCAUGCCGUCUUUAGUCCGCGUGGACCGCGGCCGGUCAGGAGAGACGGUGUGCUUUGCAUCCGGGGCGGGUGACACGGCACACAUCGCCAAGGUGGUGGCUCGCCAGCGAAGCUCCAAAAAGACCGGGCGACCCCACCUGGUCAACACCCAGAUGCGGGUCAAGCCGGCCGCCCCGCUCGUUCUCAACGCCAAACCUCAGACCUCUCUGAGGCAGCCCAACCACCGCGGGCGAGGUGGCGGUCGAGGAGGGGGCGGCGGUCGCGGCGGCGGGCAUGGAGACUUCAGGCAGGCAAGAGACAUAAGGGAUGGCCAGUCGGAGGGCAAGAGCGGGGGGCAUCCGAACAAGAUGUCCAAUCAGAACACGCCCAGCAGGAAGGGAAACGCACCGACUGACAAGCCAGAGAAGAGGAUGCCCCUGCCGUCUCGUUUUCAGAAGGAGGUGCAAGCUCACCUCGCCAAAAACGCCCAAGCUCCGAGACCUCCCUUAAGUCCAAAUGAGAGUCCUGGUUCAGGGAAGGGAAAACCCUACAACCCUCAGCUGGUCCAGGAUCGCAUCAAGGCCAUCCUGGGGAAGUACAGUAACGGGUUCUGGGUGUCGAAGCUGCCACAGAUCUACAAAGAGCUGUAUGAGCAGGACCUCCCCACGGAGGCCAUCAAAGACCUGGACACCUGGACUCACAUAUGUACCGUGGAAAAAACUUGCAGCAGCAACCCAUCAGAGCUCCUUCUCUACCCCGCCAAAGAACAGAGCGGCUCGUCCUCGGUGUCGCCCGUGCUCAACCCAAACCCCUCCGCCGCCCAUGUCCCGACUUCAGUUAUCCCCUCAGACAAGUCUCUGAGAUCCCCGGCGCAGCAGAGGACCCCAAACCCUCCCCUGACCCGCUCCGGCUCCCAGUCCCCUCGCUCCACGCCGCCGUCGUCUUGGUCGCCCAGCCCGCCCUCCUCCCCGGCGUCGCUCGGCCCCGAUCUGAAGCAGAAGCUGGAGGAGCUGCUGGUGAAGUACUCCAACGGGCUGUGGGCUCACGCGCUGCCCAAACUCUUCCAGGACACUUACAAGAUUAAACUUCCCGGACACGUCCUGGAGAACCUGGACCUCCUCUCAGACAUCUGCACCAUCGACUACCCGAUGCCCGACAACCCCAAGAGGGCCAUCCUGUACAGGAGGAGCAGCGCCGGCGGCGGCGGCGGAGGUGACGAUGAGAACUGCAACAGGAGGAGCUCCUCCGCCAGUGAGGAGGAGCUGAGAGUGAGGCAGGAGCUGGGCCGCCGGCUCAGCAGCCAGGAGGUGCCUCUGCUGCAGAUCCCCAAGGAGGAGUACCCGUCUGUGCUGGUGGUGGAGGCCACCAACACCAACGGCGUCAUACUCAGGUACAUCGGCGAGGGUUACUCUCAGGCCCAGGAGUCCAUGGAGGACGACAUGAGGGAGUUUUACGGCGUGGAGAAAAGCAGCCAGACUCCUCUGUCGUCUCCGUUGUCGGGCCAGCUCGUUGCCGUCAAGGCGGAGGAGGAGGAGGAGGUUCUGAGGGCCCAGGUGUGCGAGGUCAUGUCAGACAAGGUUAAGGUCUACUACGUGGAUCACGGCUUCUCAGAGGUGAUCAACAAAACGAAAGUGUUCGAGCUGCAUGAGAAGUUCUUCAAACUGCCGUUCCAGGCGACCAAGUGCAAACUCGCAGGCCUGGAGCCGUUCUGCCAGGAGCCCGCGGUGCUGAAGAAGUUCGAGGCGAUGGCGAGCGGGCGCAUCCUGCUGGCCGAGAUCCUGGAGCGGCGGCAGACGCCGCUGGUCGUCCUGUACGACACGUCGCAGGACGACGACGUCAACAUCAACGCCGCCUGCAUGAAGGAGCUGCACGACAAGACGCUCGCCAGUCCCCUGCGGGUGAACAGCGCUUAUAUGAACGUGACCGUCAGCAGCGUCUGCUCCGACGGGACCAUCUACUGUCAGCUGCCGUCCCGCGGUCUGGCCAAGAUGAACGAGAUUCUGGAAAACAUCGAGACCUAUUUUCACUCGCAGGUAACAUCCGAGUUCCUUGUGUCCAAACCCUUCUGUGGGAAGGGCUGUCUGGCUCGUUACAAAGGCAAAUGGUCCCGUGUGGAGAUCACCAACCUGCACGGCAGCCGGGUGUUGGACAUCAUGUUCAUCGACGUGGGGGUUCAUGCUUCUGUGGAAGUGUUCGAGCUGAGAGAGAUCCCUCCGCCGUUCCUGCGCGACCUGAUGGCAAUCCCCCCGCAGGCUGUCAAGUGCUGUCUGGCGGACCUGGCGGUCAGUGUGGGGUCCUGGACGCCGGACGCCAUCCAGUGGCUUCGAGAGAAAGUCUUAAACAUCUCAGACUGCAGCAUGAAGGUUGCGAAGGUCGACGACACCAAGCGCUGCGUCUACGUUCACCUGUUCACUGACAAGAACUUCCACGACCCGGCCCGCAGCCUCAACCACCAGAUGGCUCAGACCGAUCUGUUCAAACAGCAGCCGGACGUCUUCCUGACCAGCCACAGCCCCGGCAAGAAUUCCACAGUGAGCUUAUCCUCCAAGACGUCCAGCAGCAAUAGCGAGUCUGCCGACGGCAGCCCCACGUCACACCCGGUCCCGACCAGGCCUCACCUCAGGAAGGCUCUCUCCGGGCCCAGAGGAGGCGGAUCGGGAGGAAACACCGCCGCCAGGAGCCAGUCGGAAACACCCAAAUCUCCCUCCCCUUCUUUACAGAUGCCACCGCUGCUGGAGCUGCCCCCAGCAGGAAACAACCUGGAUGUGUACGUGUCGGUGGCGUGCCACCCGGGCCACUUCGUGCUGCAGCCGUGGAGAGACAUGUACAAGCUGGUGGUGCUGAUGGGAGAGAUGAUACUGUACUACAACAAAACCGAAGAGAAGCCGCUCAACAUCGAGCCCAACCAGAUAUACGCCGCUAAAGUAGAGAACAGCUGGUACCGCGUGCUGCUGAAGGGAGUCCUGAACAACGGCUUGGUGUCGGUGUACGAGCUGGACUACGGCGAGCACGAGCUGGUCAGCUGCACCCAGCUCCGGCCGCUGAUCGAGGAGUUCCGGCAGCUGCCCGUCCAGGGCGUCACGGCUCAGCUGGCAGGAGUGAAGCAGCGGCAGUGGUCGGAGGAGGCCUCCAUGGUCUUCAGGAACCACGUGGAGAAGAAGCCCCUGGUGGCUCAGAUGGAGGCCGUGCAGGACGCCGCCAGCCCGUGGGACAGGAAGGUCACCGUCUUCCUGGUGGACACCUCGCAGGAGGAGAAGGACAUCUGGGUGCACGACAUCAUGGCCGAGUUCGCGGACGAGCCGACCGGCAAGCCGUAGGAGAAAACGCAAGGAGACUCGUCCGUCUUUACCUAUCUGCUAUCGACUGGGACUGAAGGAAGAAGAGACGCCUGGGAGACGCUGGAGAAGUAAGUGGUUUGGCAGCAUGUUGUGGUUAAUUGUCCUCUUGCUUCAAACACAGACGGUACAGCGUCCCCCGAUUCUCGGUCCAGUCCUCAGUCCAGAGCAGCUUCCUAAAACGCCGCUUCACAGCCAGCCCCGCCGACGGGAGCGCCUCUCAAAGGGCGUCAAAUUAUCAGAAGGACCUGUAUGAAUUUGUUUACAAAAUCGACUUUUUGAGUGUCAUUUGUGGUUGUCACGAAGUUUACAGAAGUUAGAAACAUUCCCCGGUGAGGAGACGCGGAGGGAGGUUUGAAGGUUUUGAAGAAAUUCUUUAAAACUCAAAGUUAAAGCGCACAAACUACCUACCUGCUAACAUUAGGAAGCGUGUUUAAAAUUGAGAUUUUGGGCCACUCAGUCGAAAAGCUCUCAAGUGAAAAGCUGUGUGUUUUUAGUGGGACUGAUCUCUAACCUAACUUUGAAACUGCAUGUCCCGAACAUUUCUCCUUCUGUUUUUUUUUUUUUCCUGCUUGACGAUGAGCCGAGUUUAACUCCAGCGCCCGUGCUGCAUGCUGCACACCUUUCCAAACUGAGUUCCGUUAUAGUUUGGGAAGACGGCGAUAAGAAGUUACCAGUAGUGUUAAGCUUUCGAAAUAGGAGAGGUGAUUUCCUGAUGGCUGGUUUUCGGCGCCGCCAUCUGAAGUCGGCCUGACGUUGGGAUUUGGUUCUGAAAUGUGAUUUUUUUUUUUUUUUUUUAAAUUUUAAUUUCUCCUGACAGACUUGCUUCUGAUUCCAUUUCUUAAGCCAGAUAUUCCUGACAAAGUUCAAAGCUGCAUUGUCGCUAACCACUGUUAUUAUUUAUAUUUAACUUAUAUGAUCUAAAUGACAGUAGAAACACUAUUAUUUUGUCUAACAAUGGCUGGGGAGAAUAAAAGAUUUUGGAAUAAAGUCUG